AUGGAUCUGGGGCAUAAUUGUAAAAAGAGAAAGAGUGAUGAUAUAGAAGAAGGUUCUGCUGCUGCUGAUAUAUUAGACUCCAAAAAAAUAAAGAAAGAAAAACCCAUUGAUAGAUUAAGCAGCUUACCAGAUGAUCUCAUCCAUAAAAUCCUCUCUUUUGUUGGCAUCGAAGAUGCUGUCAGAACCAUGGUUUUGUCAUCUAGGUAUAGAUUUAUCUGGACUGCUAUGCCUUGCCUCGAUUUCUCAACUCUGGAAUGUCUUAGAAGGGCGCCGGACACGCUGGGGAAGUUUGUUAGACAGUUUCUUAAACGCCGAGAUAGUCGAACAGACGUGUCUUCUCUGAAGCUCACUUUUCGUAUCUGUGGAAAGGAUAAAGAAGCAUAUGUCAGAAACCUUAUGGAUGCAUUCUCCCACAAAAUCCAACGACUCGAGGUUGUAUGUUUGUUUGAGAAUACUGUAGUUCCCCUCUCAUUUUUCAGUUCCCCGUCUCUCAAACAUCUCAGUUUGGAAACGAGGCCCAGGAUAUAUAUCCUCACACCCAAAUCAACUUGGGAGCUCCCAUCCUUAACAACAUUGUAUCUCAAAGAUGUCAGAUUCUGUAGUGAUGACAAAUUCGUUGUCCUUUUAUCCAAGUGUCCAAACUUGAAGAAUCUCACCAUAGAAAGCUGCGAAACAUAUGAACGGAAUAAUAGUGGUUUGAGUAUAUGUCAUCCUGGGCUAUCUGAUCUCACUCUUUAUUUCCGACACUAUCCUCGUGCAAACCUUGUUAAUGUGGUUGCACCUCAACUCGAGAAUCUCACUAUCGCAGAUAGAUUCAGGGAUACAAGGCAUGAGAUUUCUGCACCCAAGCUUGCCUCCUUGGCUUAUGAAGGUUCCUAUCCUCUGCUCCUUAAUUCUACAGAUGGUUUCCCUUGUUUGAAGGAGGCGCAUAUUCUUGUUUCCUGUCCCAAUGCUCAUCAAAUUGUUUGUAUGCUUCAACAGCUCCACACUGUCGAGUUCCUUAAACUUAACUUUGACAUUAUUGAGCUUCUUUCUUCAUCAGUGGAGCUAAUCUCUCACCAACCUUCUCCAUUUGUCAACUUAAAGAGUUUAACUAUUUAUCCAGAAAAGAUUUCCCCUUGGGAGACAAAGGGUCCAAAAGGGAAAGUCGAUUUAUCUAGUGAAGUAAAAAGUUAUUUUCUGGAUAGCUCACCAGGGGCCACCUUCACAAUGUUCUCCCGUGAGGAAGAAGGAUGCAUGGAGGUGAUAGCAGUGAGGGGCUUCGCAUUAGCACGAAGGCUUAUGGGCGAAUUACAGGUGCUUCUAGAACAAGAGAAAGCUAGUACCAAGACCAAAAGGAAAGUACGAAUGGAUAGCGACAACGCAAAGAUGCGUAGGAAAAGGAAUGGAAAAGCAGAGACAAAGAUGCAACUUCAAAUUGGGGAAAACAUCGCACUGAUCAAGAGUUGUUCGAAUAAAUUGAAUCUGCAGUCAAAGCAACAGAAAGCUCAUCUCGUUAUUUCCAAGUUAGAUAGCAUUGAAGGAUUACUCAAAAAGCUGCAUGCGACAAAUCGUGCUAUGAUUGAACCAUUUUUUAAUAGUCUUUUCACUGAGGCUGUCAUCGUCAUGAGAAAAAUGACAGAAGACAUAAAGAUCGAGUGUGAUGAAAAUCAAAAGCGUUUAAUUGUCGGCUUUCAUUAA